GGGGACCCCGCCCCUCCGGGGGUCCCGGGGCCCCGGUCCCCAAGGUGACCGCGGCGGCGCCUUGCUCAGGCCAGUCCGCGGGGGGAGGGGGCGGCCUGGAAGCAGUGGCGGGGUCAGCACAGGUCACCGAAAGCGGGGCCAUGGAGCCCAGGGAGUCGGGGAAGGCUCCUGUGACGUUUGACGACAUCACAUUGUACUUGCUUCAGGAGGAGUGGAUGCUGCUGAGUCAGCAACGGCAGGAGAUCUGUGGUUCUGAGGAGCUGGUUGCACCCCUGGGACCAACUAUUGCUAACGCAGAGCUGUUCUGUAAGUUUGAGCAAGGGUGUCGACCAUGGCGAGGCAAGGUCCAGGGCCAGAGGAGUCUCCUGAGCCACCACCCAGGAGAAAACAAGAUGGGCUACGUGGAAGAAAUGGACGUGCACGGGCCAGCCAGAGACUCUGGACCACACCUGUCCCCUCAGAAGAAAGCUUGUCUUUCCCACUUCGGUACCGAGAGUGGCACCAUCGAGGAAGAUUGUACCAGAAAAAGCAAACGGCCCUUGAAACCCCGGUCCAUCCAGAAGGCCUGGUUUGCACAGUUCCCGUGGCUGGUUGUGAACGAGGAGCAGACAGCUCUCUUUUGCUCUGCUUGCCGAGAAUAUCCGUCUGUCCGGGACCGAAGGUCCAGACUGGUAGAAGGUUAUACAGGACCGUUCAAGGUGGAGACUCUCAAAUAUCACGCCAAGAGCAAAGCUCACCUGUUCUGCGUCGAGGCCUUGUCAGCACGGGACCCCAUCUGGGCAGCCCGUUUCCAGAGCAUCCGAGAUGCCAGCCCAGAGCACCCCUUCCCUGCAGAUGAUUCCAUCCUGUACCCACCAGGACCUCUGGGAGCCUGUGGUGACGUGGCCCGGUUUCUGCCCAGCUCAGGAGCUGAACUGGAGGACCCUGAAGGGCAUGGAGUCCUUCCUGCCUUGUAUCUAGACUGCAUUUCCCAUCUGAGGCAGAAACAAACUGCACAUGACGUCUCCCGCUCCUCCGACUCUAACGUUGUGCAUGAUACCGCUGCUGAACCCCGUAGCCAGGGUCCUCCUGAAGAGGGGCUGCGGGAGGAGCUCCCGGUGGAGUUUGAGGAGGUGGCAGUGUACUUCACCCGGGAGGAGUGGGGCGUGCUAGCCGAACGGCAGAAGGAGCUGUACAGAGACGUGAUGCAGAUGAACUACGAGCUGCUGGCCUCCCUGGUAGGACCUGCGGCUGCCAAACCAGACUUGAUCUCAAAACUGGAGCGUAGAGCUGCGCCCUGGGUCAAGGAUCCAAAGGGGACAAAGUGGGGGAAAGGUCGUUCUUCAGGGGAGAAGACGGUGGCUGCGGGAGAGGCAGGUGUGCAGGCCGCGGCUGUCCCGUCCGCCUUGCUUCCGGCUUCUGCAGAGACGUGUGCCUCCUCCCGCGGGCCCAGCCUUUGUGCCGUGGACGCAGGUGGGCCGGAGGCAGGUGGGCCGAGGAAAAGCAAGAGGACUUACAGACCCCGCUCGAUUCAGAGGGCAUGGUUUGGGCAGUUCCCAUGGUUAGUCAUUGACGCCGAAGAGACCAAGCUCUUCUGCUCGGCUUGCAAAGAAAGACCGAGUCUCCAUGACAAGUCGUCGCGCUUAGUCCGAGGUUACACGGGGCCUUUCAAAGUGGAGACUUUAAAAUACCAUGAAGUCAGCAAAGCACACAAGCUCUGCGUCAACACUAUUGAAGUCAAGGAGGACACCCCUCAGGCUGCCCUCGCCCCAGAGAUUUCCAGUGACCUGAUGGCCAACAUGGAGCACUUCUUCAACGCAGCCUACUCCAUCGCCUACCACUCCAGGCCCCUGAAUGACUUCGAGAAGAUCCUGCAACUCCUCCAGAGCACCGGGACCGUGAUUUUGGGCAAGUACCGGAACCGCACCGCGUGCACCCAGUUCAUCAGGCACAUCUCGGAGACCCUGAGGCAGGGGAUCCUGGCGGACGUCCGCAGCUCCCCCUGUGUGAGCGUGCUGCUGGACAGCGCCGCCAGCGCCCCCGGCCAGGCCUGUGUGGGCAUCUACCUCCGCUACUUCAAGGGCAUGGAGGUGAAGGAGUCUUACAUCACGCUGGCCCCGCUCCACAGCGAGACAGUGGAUGGAUACUUCGAGACCAUCGUCUCCGCCCUGGAUGAGCUGGACAUCCCCUUCCGGAAGCCCGGCUGGGUGGUGGGCCUGGGCACCGACGGCUCGACCGUGCUGAGCUGCAGGGGAGGCCUUGUGGAGAAGUUCCAGGAGCUCAUCCCCCAGCUGCUACCUGUCCACUGUGUGGCCCACCAGCUGCACCUGGCUGUGGUGGAUGCCUGCGGGAGCAUCGACCUGGUGAAGAAGUGUGACCGGCACAUCCGAACCGUUUUCAAGUUCUAUCAGUCCUCAAACAAAAGGCUGACGGAGCUGCAGGAAGGUGCAGCCGCCCUGGAGCGGGAAAUCGGCUGCCUCAAGGACUUGCAUGCGGUCAGGUGGGUGGCCAGCAGGAGGCGCACGCUGAACGCGCUCAUCGUGAGCUGGCCCGCCCUGGCUAGGCACCUCCAGAAGGUGGCGGAGGCCGGAGGCCAGGUUGGGCACAGGGCCAGAGGCAUGCUGAAGCUCAUGAAGAACUUCCAUUUCGUCAAGUUCUGCCACUUCCUGUUGGACUUCCUGAGCAUCUACAGGCCGGUGUCUGAGGUGUGCCAGAAGGAGAUGGUGCUGAUCACAGAGGUGAACGCCACACUGCGACGGGCCUACGUCGCUCUGGAGACCCUCCGUCACCAGGCAGGGCCCAGAGAGGAAGAGUUCAACGCCAGCUUCAAGGAUGGGCGGCUGCAUGGCAUCUCCUUGGACAGAAUGGAGAUGGCGGAGCAGCGUUUCCAGGCAGACAGGGAGCGUGUGAUCCUGACGGGGACUCAGUACCUCCAGCAGAGGUUUGACACAGACCGUCCCCCACAGCUCAAGAACAUGGAGGUGUUUGACACCGUGACCUGGCCAAGUGGCAUCGAGCUGGCCAGUUUUGGGAACAAGGAUAUCCUUGCCCUUGCCAGGUACUUUGAGCUCUCACUGCCCCCAGGGUAUAGCGAGCAAGCCCUCCUGGAGGAGUGGCUGGGCCUGAAGGCCAUGGCCAGGAACCUGCCAUUGUCCAUGCUGUGCAAGAACACCCUGGCCCAGCACUGCCGCUUCCCCUUGCUGAGCAGGCUGGUGGCAGUGGCGGUCUGUGUGCCCGUCUCCACCUCCUGCUGUGAGCGCGGGUUCAGGGCCAUGAACCGGAUCAGGACGGAUGAGAGGACCAAGCUGUCCAGCGAGGUGCUCAGCACGCUCAUGAUGACGGCGGUGAACGGCGUGGCGGUUGCCGAGUUCGACCCCCAGCCCGCCAUCCAGCACUGGUACCUAACCUCCUCGGGCCGGCGUUUCAGCCACGUCUACACCUGCGCCCCUGUGUCACCCCACGCCCACACAAGGGCGGUGCUCAGGAAGGAGAAGGUGGGAGCGCUCUACAUGGAGGAGACCGUGACCCAGAAGCCACCCCUCCACCCUGCGGGAACCGGUGGAGACCCUGAAGGACUGCCUCCCGGGCCCUCCCGGCAGGCUGCUGUACCCCCACGUCAGGGGGCCGUGCUGUCGUGACACCGGCUCGGAAGGAGCAGGAACCCUAGGAUUUCCUUGGAGGCCCGUGUUGCCCGGCCCGUGGUUGCGCUGACAGCCUCUGUGCCCUGGGGUCUUCCUUUGCUGGGGACUCUCACACAGGAGUGGGCACUGACAAGGCCCGCACCCGGAGAGGCAGGGCCACCAGGGGGUGCACAGCCUGUUCCCCUCUGAGCAGCGUGGGGACUGAGCACUGAAAUACACAGAGGUUCUUACCUCAAGUUCAUGUUUAAGGUGCUUCUGGAAAUGAUCCCACCGUGAGAGAUUUCACCCCCUGUUCUGGAUGCAAGAGGACUUUUCUGAAGUGGGAGAGACUGUGAGGGGUGGGAACUUAAAGGGGCAUCCCAGCCCCUUGGAAAGUUGGGGAGUGUUCUGGGAGGGGGGUGCUGCCCACAGCCCCAGUGGCCUGGGGAAGGUACUGGGUGAGGGGCAGAGGAUGACCAGGCUCCAGGGACAGCUGGCCUGACUGGGAUAUCACCCUGGCUCCAUGGCAGAAGCAGGGACACCCCAACUGCAAAUGGGAAGUUUGCAUCAGAGAAUCUCUCUGCCUCCUCCCAGGACCUUUCUUCAGGGCAAGACAAGCAGAGCCUGUGCACAGGGGGCUCCAGAGCGCUUCUCCUGCAGCCUGGCCAGUGAAAGGCAGCGUCUCCCUGGAGCCAGCCCAUGUAUCCCACGUGGUCGCGUGGCCGCGUCAUGCUCAGCUGCCUUCCUAAGGAGCAAACUGGACCAAAUGGCCCUCAGGAGCUUGGCGUCCAGUCCCUGCUCUACUGCAGAGUGAUUCAAGCACAGUUAAUCCCUCCGUGUCGCCGUGCCUCAGUUCCCCCUCCAUGAAGGGGCAGCAGAGUCCAAGAGCCUGCCACAGGACUGACGAAAGGCAGCACGUCCGCCUAGACCCCGGACUGCACACAGGGGACUCAGCGGCUUUCAGCCUUUGUCCUCGACCCCACCCCCACCACCGAUGUCUUUACUGUGGGAAGAGGUGCUGCCUAGACGUGCCAUCGGCAUGAUGGUCUAGUCCGCUCUUCCCAGCAUUGCUCUGGGGACUCAGCCUGGGGCUCCCUAGGGUGCUUGUGACAUGUGCUCCACUCAGACCUGCUCACUCAGACCCCAGGACGGGGGCUCAGUGCCUGGCUGUUUCCAGCAAGGUCCUCCAGGAACUUCGUUGGUUCACUGCAGGCGCACAGGGUGGCCCACACUGUGAGGGUCCCGGUGCCCUUGCCCAUCUCCCCUUCUGUCCCCGAGUAAAGCACUUGCCUUCCAGGGCAGCUUCCUUCCAGCAGGCUCCUGCGCUGCUUCCCUGGCGGGGCAUGGCGUGUCUGGUCCUGCCCUCCUAACCCUGCUGGGAACCAGGGAGGCUGGGGGAAGGGCUUUCUCGCCCCUGCCUUUCCCUGUUCCAGACGGGCAGGAAGGGCCUUGCUGCCCGGCCCCGCUGCGGUCCCUGCUCUGUGCUGCAAGUCCAGGCUGUCUGGCCCUCAGCCAGAAGUCUGCGACUCCCCCUCCCACCCCCCAGAGGUGCUCGGGAGAGCCCCUGCCAUGCUGGUGUCUGAGCGGCUCACUGGCCAACCCCUGGUUCCCAGGGUUUCUGACCCCUUAGCACUUAGUCUUUGCACCAGGAAUUCUGCUCUCACUUUCUGCCUUGAACCCAUGGGCAUGUCUCUCCCCACCCUGCGGUCAGGGUCCGAGGCCUGGAGCUCUGGUAGUGUAUGUCACAGCCAAGAUGGAGCCCGCUCACACGAGUUUCCAUGUGGAGUUCAGGAAUCUGCCCUAGGCCAGGGGCUGGUCUCUAAAGUAGGGGUCGUAGUCCCCACCCUGUCCAUAGGGACUCCAAAUUGAGGUGACUUUCCUGUAAGGACUCUCCCCAUGGCCCUUCCAGCCUCAGAACCCUCAGCGCAAGACUCGUCCUGCGGACAACACUGUGUGGGUUCCAUGCACAUACUUCCGGUGCGGGUGGCUGAGGUGGAGGCCAGGUGGGGACGCACACCUGCCUUGCCACAUCUGUGCUCCGGGAAAGCCUCCAGUGCCAGCCUGAGAGAGAACUGGGCCCCAGAAACGCUGACCCCAGGGCGGAAAUAUGAGCACCUCAGGCAGGGCGAGCUCCUUGUUUCAGACCCCAGGGCCUGGCUACCCCUGCCUUGGAGACGCUUCCUACUCUUUGCCUCACAAGCAAACAAGCUGAAGGGCACUGGGAACAGAAGGAGCAAGUGCUCCGCCAAGCCUCCGACCCCCUUCAUUCAUGUGCUCUUCAGGACAGCUCCGUGCCCCCAUCCUGGCGUUCCCCCAGCCACCACGCCCUGUGACUGACCUGAGCAGCCAGCAUUAUAAGUGACAUGUAGGUGACAGCCAUAGAAACCGGGCGGGAGGAAGGGGCUUCAGCCCUGGCGCCCCCCCCCCCCCCCCCCGACACGUCAGAGAGCUUGAUGUACACCAGACUGCUGCUCGCCAAGCUCAGGUGGGUUCCCGGCCUGCCACGUGUUCAGCAGGACCAGGUGAAGACCGGCCAGCUCCCUCACAGGUGCCUGCCAGCCAAGGACCCUGCGAGGGCGGUGGGGGCGGCGCAGGGAUGGCCUCUCCGCUUCUGGUUUCGCAGAUGUGCAGGUGCGGUGUAUAAAA